AUGCUAGUGCUGGUGGACAAUUGGCCAAUCAGCCAGACCACGCACGCCCUCCCGGCGCUGCAGCCCGCGGGCGCGUCCGAGCAGGCCGGCCGGCCGCUGGGCGCGCUGCCGCCCUGGCUGCUGCCGCGGGUGCUGGCCACGCAGGUGUUCGCGAGCGCCCGGGAGGUCAGCCAGGUGGCCGCCAACGAGUACCUGGACAACGCCGGCAUCUCCCCGCACGUGGAGGACGACCCGACCGCCUUCGGCCCCAACUUGGCCACCCUGUCUCUGCUGAGUCCUGUGCACCUGACGCUCAUCCCGACGAGCGAGCCGCCCCUGGACCAGUGCGGGGUGGACCACGGCAACUGGGUCAAGGUUCUCCUGGAGCCCAGGAGCUUGUUCGUGCUGCAGGGCGAGAGCCGCUACGACUACAGGCACGGCAUCCGCAGGUCCCGCAGCGUCCCGCUGCCGGGCGGCACCGUCCUCCGGCGCGGCAGCGGCUACCGGCGCGUGUCGCUCACCUUCCGGGAGCUGCUGGCCACGAGGCGGCAGCUGGAGGAGGACUGCGUGCACGGCCCCACCGAUGGCCGCGGUCGGUACAGGUGGAAUGUCAAGAACAACGACUGGUGCUACCAGUGUGCUGCUCCGCUGGUCGAGUUCCCCGCCUUGGAGCGCAAGCCCACAGGCAAGUGGCUGUUCGGCCCCCCAGCCUUGGCGAUCGCGGACUCGCCGUUCAACGAGCAGGUCCAGGCGCCAGAUGCGGGCGUUGCAGCCGCUAGCGGGGUUUACUUCGGCGGCGAGGGCAAGGGCACGUCAGGGUGGGUUGCCCAUCCGCCGCCAGAGCCCGACGUUUCGGUGUUCCUGCGCUCGAAGUUUGGCGAGGGCGCGGGGCACGUCGGCCUCCUCAAGUCCUUGGACGAGGCGCUGGCUGCAAAGGCGGCGUAUCCUGCACCCGCGAAGCCCGUCAAGCCGCCCCUUCUGGAGGCCGAGGCCCAUGCUAAGGGUGUUGCCGCCCGCAAAGCUCAAGAUCGUCUGGACAUCUGCGCGCUCAGGGUCCUGGAGGGAGAUGAGUGGCUCAGACAGGCCCGUGAGGACGAGGCUGCAGCAGCCAAGGCAGCCAGUGAAACCACGCUGGGGUGGCAGCAGGCAUGCGCCAAGCAUGUCCCGAAGGCGGCAGCUACGACAGCACCCGCUACUUCGUCGAUCAGCCUCUCGACGCUCCUCGUGGCCGAAGGCGACGUCCAGGAGCUCGCCGUUAUUGAGGGCCCCGCGUUGGACAUCAGCGGGCUCGAGCUCUCGGACACGGAGCGCGCUGAGCGGGAGAGGGUCAAGCGAGGCCUCGCCUCCGAGGUCCAAAAUGCUGUGUCCACAGCGUUGGCGGCUACGCGCCAGAAGUUUGCCACCCUUACAUCUGAAGCCGCCGCCGUGCACGAGCGGCUCAAGGCCAGCCGUCGCCGAGGGGGCACCGGCGAGGCCGCCGACGGCGCAGCCCCAGCUGCCGAGACGGCCACAGCAGAUGGCGGAGUCUCCAAGCCUGCAGGCCCUGAGGCGGAUUUUCUGUCCCCGGCCGAGGAGCUGGCGCAUGAUGGGGAGUUUCUUAUCAAAGCCAGUGGUGCGUUCAUCUGGGCGGCUCCGCUCUGCCGCGGCGUGGCGUAUCCCGUCUUCGGCGCCUGUAGCCAGAUGGGUGCAUUCUUCGGAGCAGCGCGCGCGCGCGACAGCUUCGUCGAGUGGCGGGGGCAGGGGGCGCUGGAUCGCUUGUCGAUGUCGAUAUCUCGCGCAAAGGUGUUGCCGCCGUGUAUCUCGAGCUCGACCCGUUUGACGCCGUCGACGAGGAAGCUGGGGCAUGAUUUUACGUUCCACCAGAAGGUCGCGCUUCAGCCGAGCAAGGCCCCUUCGAUGCCCUACCUGAGGGGGCUGAUAUCUCUGCGGUCAGGAAUGUGUAAGACGGCGCGCGAUAAGUCUGCCGAGGGCCCCUUGAUCAAAUAUGCGUUGGUCGAGGCUGGCACCGAGGGCAACUUCGAGCUACGGGGAGGGGCCUUCAAGAAGCAGUGGCGUCGACGCCUUCAGCUAGCGCAGCCUCUUCCUCGCGUCUCACGGCCCGAGAAGAAAACCAGCGCAGCCAGCGAGCGGCCCAAGCAGCGAGUUGAGACCAUGGCCAAGUGCAGGGCCGCGUCGCCCGACGAGGCCUUGCGGCUGGAGUUCGACGCUCUGCAUGACGAGAAACAGCACACUGACGCAGCAGCAUAUGCCCAAUGUUUUGAGAUUCCUGCAGAUUCAUGGCCGGCUACGGCGGGGCGAUUUCCUGCGCGUGCUGGAGGCGAGUACCUUCGGUUUCGCCAUCUCUUGGGACAGGUCAAUUCAGAAGGCCUGGACAGGGUCGCGGCCUCCAGCGCCAGCUGGGUCUCCAAGACAGAGGACGCCAUGACCAGUCACCAUAGGCUACCUUAA